GUGUGUGUCCGUGUGUAUGUCUGUGUUUCAUUUUUUUUCUUUUUUUUUUUCUUUAUAUGCGAACUCGAGACAUGUAUACUAAUAUUUAUGAGUGUAGUUAAAGAGGUGUUUAAGGGGGUGGCAUUAGUGUAUUGGCUACACUAACAGUGGAGGCUAAGAAAAGUAGAGGCCUGUCUUUAUUAGAGAAAUAAACUAUGGGUAGAUAGAUGAGUGUCUUUAUUAGGGAAAUAAACUAUGUAAAAGAAGGGGGAAUAACAUGUAGCACCCUCUUUAUAUAUUUGAUUCUAGUUCAUUUAUUCCUAUACACCCUCACAAAAAUUGUUCACUCUUUCUUCCUUGUGUGUCUAUCACUACACAAAUAAGAUAGUGUUAGCAAAUAAUAGGCUACAAUGGUUACCAAGAAACCAAAAGUUGUGAUAAUAGGAGCAGGAAUGGCAGGUAUUACAGCAGCAAACAAGCUCUACACAAGUGCAGGUUCUAAAGAAUUGUUAGAGCUGUGUGUUGUGGAAGGUGGUAAUAGGAUUGGUGGAAGGAUUAAGACUUCAGAGUUUGUUGGAAGCAGGAUUGAGAUGGGUGCUACUUGGAUCCAUGGAAUUGGGGGUAGUCCUGUUUACAAGAUAGCUCAAGAGAUUAACUCACUUGAAUCAGACAAGCCGUGGGAGUGUAUGGAUGAGUUCUUGGAUGAGCCAUUGACAAUAGCUGAAGGUGGUUAUGAGCUCAAUUCUUCCCUUGUUGACCCCAUAUCCAACCUUUUCAAGAAACUGAUGGAUUUUGCUCAAGGGAAAGCUAUAGAAGAAAAUGGUGUGUGUAGUGAAUUUGUCAAUGGAUGCAUAAAGAAUGGUGGCCUAAGUGUUGGUUCUUUCUUAAGGAAAGGACUUCAUGCUUACUGGGGUUCAAUGAAAGAACAAGAGGAAAUCCAGGGGUUUGAUAAAUGGACAAGAAAAUUAUUGGAGGAAGGCAUUUUUGCAAUGCUUGAGAACACACAAAGGACUUACACAUCAGCUGGUGAUUUGGAGACACUAGAUUUCAAUGCAGAAAGCGAGUAUCGUAUGUUUCCUGGGAAAGAAAUAACCAUUGCCAAAGGCUACUCCACUAUAGUUGAGUCUUUGGCAUCUCUUCUGCCGGAUGGUUUGGUUCAAUUAGGCCGAAAGGUCACAAAAAUUGAAUGGCAGCCUGAUGAUGGUGGUCACAACCAAUCGGUAGAUAUCAAAAAUGGCGAAGGUACUAUGCCAGUAAAGCUACAUUUUAGUGAUGGAUCAAUCAUGUAUGCUGAUCAUGUGAUUGUCACAGUGUCACUUGGGGUUCUAAAACAAGGGAUUCGCGAUAAUUCUGGUAUGUUUAGUCCUCCACUUCCUAGAUUCAAGACUCAAGCAAUCUCAAGGCUUGGUUUUGGUGUUGUUAACAAGCUAUUCUUGCAACUAAGUCCAAACAGUGAUGAAUUAGAUGGCAGUGAUGCCAUGAGGUUUCCCUACUUGCAGAUGGUCUUCCAUCAGUCCGACUCAAAGCUAAGGCAUCCAAAAAUACCAUGGUGGACGAGGAGGACAGCUUCUUUAUGUCCUAUAUAUGGCAGUUCAAAUGUUGUUUUGUCAUGGUUUGCAGGUAAAGAGGCUCUUGAACUUGAAUCACUUGGUGAUGAGGAGAUCAUUAAUGGGUACUCAACAAUGAUCUCCAAUUUACUAGAAAACUCAAAGCAUCUCAACAAGUCCAAAUGGUGCAAUGGACAUACAAAUUCUGCAGAAAGUUCCAUCAAAUUUGAUAAGGUCUUAAAGAGCCAAUGGGGUGGUGAUCCACUCUUUUUGGGGUCAUAUAGUUAUGUGGCAGUUGGAUCAAGUGGAGAUGAUUUGGAUACUAUGGCUGAGCCAUUGCCAAAAAGGAGCAAUCAUAGUAUUAAUUCAAAGGGUUCACCUCCACUUCAAAUUCUGUUUGCAGGGGAAGCAACGCAUAGAACCCAUUAUUCAACAACUCAUGGUGCUUACUGUAGUGGACUAAGAGAAGCCAAUAGGCUCCUUCAGCACUACCACUGUAUUGAUAUAUGAUUAAAGUUUGUUGCCAUAGAAACUAGGCAGGUUUUUCUCAGUUAUUGGCUUUUGUUUUAUAUUUUUGCAGUGAUUAUUUAUUUUCUAUAUUCGUUUGGUAAAGAUGUUUGUUAUUAAUUCCUCUGUAUGAUUGGGAAUUUGAGAGAGAAAAAGGGAACUGUAAGAGGGGGGAAGAGGACAUAUCCUUGAUGUACUAAUGAAUGAAUUAAAGAAGCUUCUUUUCAAUGUGCUA